GGAACACUACUAACCGCAUGCACUCAAGAUGCCAAUAAACAAAUUUUUCCACUUGCAUUUGCUAUUUGUAGUGUUGAAAACACUGUGAACUGGACAUGGUUUUUCGAGAUGUUGAAAAAGUCUCUUAAACAUAGGGAUGACUUAUAUGUUGUGUCCGAUCGCCACGAGGGAAUCUUAAAUGCUGUGCGUUCAGUGUUUCCACACGCGGAACAUGGUUUUUGUGUUUACCAUAUUUUAGGUAAUAUAAAAUCCAAAUUUCGUGGAUCGGCACGUUUGGUGUCUUGGAAAUUUUUACAGGCAGCUAGGGCAGGUUCAGUGUAUGAAUGCGAACGGUAUCUAUCCAUGCUUGAUUAUGAUGACCCUCGUAUACGACCAUACUUGGAAAAAAUUGGUAACGACAAGUGGUCUCGUGCAUAUGCUAGUCGCAAUAGAUACUCUGUUAUGAUGUCCAAUAAUGCGGAGUCUCUGAAUGCGAUUUUUGUCACUGCCCGUGAGUAUCCAAUUUGCAAGUUGGUAGAAUUCAUUGUAGGCACAUUGCAGAAAUGGUUUUGUGAUCGUAGAGAAGCUGCUGCAGCUAACCAUUCUAGGCUCUCUGACCAUUUUGAAUCCCAGCUGAUUUUAUCUCAAUCUAGUGCAGCCUUAAUGCAGGUUAAGCCAUCAUGCAAUUUUGAGUUUGAAGUUUUUGACAGAAAAGGAAGAUCAUAUGUUGUCAAUUUAAGAGAAGGGACUUGCACUUGUCGUGAAUUCCAACUAGAUGGCUUCAUAUGC